AUGACUAGAGAUUUACCAGAUAUUGUGAGGAUAAAGAGAAAAAGACAUCAGGAUUCUCUCCAAGCACUGAUUUUGGAAGCUCCGAGGAACAAGAGGAUCAAAGAUGAGGCAUAUGUCUUCAAACUGCAAAGAACAGAAAAAGAGAUAGGAUCACUUUCAACAGAUGGUACGGAGGCAUUGCCCCUACUUCAACAGUCAAGUCACAAGGAUGAUAAGAAUAAUACUUACGUGAUUCCCAAAGAACAGCAUACUGAGGAGCUUCCCGAGGAGUUGAAUGAAAUGCUCAGUUCAAUCUUGGUAUCAGACCCAGCAGAGGCGGAAACGAAACCAUUGAAGAAGAGAAAACAGAGAAAUACAGCGGGGUCCUUCUUAUCUAAAGAGACCGUUGAUUUGGAGUACGUCUAUGAUGUUUAUUACAGGGAUAAGGCCGUUGCAGAGUCUUGGGAAACGGAUAAAGUGGGAUAUAUCAAAUUUGAAGAAGAUUAUGAAGAUAUCAUCAACGAUGACGAUUCCGAGAAGCAUGUAUCUGAUGACGAAGAUUCAAAUGCCGAAGACUUUUACAAAAAUGACUAUCCAGAGGAUGAAGACGACCAUACCACUGAUAUCGAUAGUUCCGAUGCUGAACUUGAACAAUUGACAGAGUCUUUACAUAAAGAGGCCUCUGUAAAAUCGCCAAAGUUACAAGAGGGGUUUGAUGAACUCUACGAUGAAUUUUAUGACGAUAUCAACGGAGACUCCAACGCUGACUUCCUCGCAUCUUUGAACCAGGAUGAUGAAGGAGAAGAAGAUGAUGCCAUGGACUACGAAUCGGACGAAAGUGAACAAUAUAAACGUCAAAACUUCUUCCCAGACGAAGAGGAUGAUGAGUUGGCAAAGCACAGAGAUAAGAUCUUUGGUAAACUGCAAAAAAUGAUUAAUGAACACAACUAA